GUUAAGAACAAGGAGCAGAGGAGGCGCGCCAUAGAGGGAGUGGUAGACAUCACAAAGCUCUGCCUGAUGGAGAUGAAUAAGGAGGAAUUGGCCGACACACUGGGGAGUGGAGCUGUCCAGUACCAACAUAAACUCAAGUCUCAUCUCAGGAAGAAGUUCCAGUGUGUGCUUGAGGGAAUUGCUAAAGCAGGACAGCGAACACGUCUGAAUGACUUCUACACAGAGCUCUUCAUCACAGAGAGAGGCAGUGGAGAGGUCAACCAGGAACAUGAGGUCAGACUGAUUGAAAAAGCCGCCAGGAAGCAAGCCAAUGAGGAAACACAAAUCAGAUGUGAAGACAUCUUUAAACCUUUACCUGGACAAGAUAAACCAAUCAGAACAAUAAUGACAACCGGAGUGGCUGGCAUUGGUAAAACCGUCUUAACACACAAGUUCACUCUGGACUGGGCUGAGGGCAAAGCCAACCACGAAAUACACUUCACAUUUCUUCUCACUUUCAGAGAGUUGAAUUUACUGAAAGGGAAAGAGUUUAGCUUGGAGGAACUACUUCAUCAGUUUUCUGUUGAAACCAAAGAAGCAGGAAUCUACAGAUACAACCAUGACCAAGUAGUCUUCAUCUUGGAUGGUCUGGAUGAGUGUCGACUUCCUCUGAACUUCCAGAACAACCCGAUCUGGACUGAUAUAACAGAGCCAACCUCAGUGGACGUGCUGCUGACAAACAUCAUUAGGGGAGUCCUGCUUCCCUCCGCUCGUAUCUGGAUAACCACACGCCCUGCUGCAGCCAAUCAGAUCCCUGCUGAGUGUGUUGACAUGGUGACCGAGGUGAGAGGGUUCACCGACCCACAGAAGGAGGAGUACUUCAGGAAGAGAUUCAGAGAGGGGACACUGGCCAGCACAAUCAUCUCUCACGUCAAGAAAUCUCGAAGCCUCCACAUCAUGUGUCACAUCCCAGUCUUCUGUUGGAUCACUGCUACAGUUCUUGAGGACUUCUUCAAAAAAUCCCAUAUAGGAGAAGAGGUGCCCAAAACCUUGACUCAGAUGUACAGCCACUUCCUGAGGGUUCAAUCCAUACAGGGGGACAGGAAGUAUCAUGGGCGAGCUGAAACUGAUCCACUCUGGAGUUCGGAGAGCAGGGAGAUCAUUGUUUCUCUGGGGAAACUGGCUUUUAACCAGCUGGAGAAAGGCCAGCUGAUCUUCUACGAGGCAGACUUGGCAGAGUGUGGCAUCGAUAUCAGAGCAGCCUCAGUGUACUCAGGAGUGUUCACCCAGAUCUUUAAAGAGGAGUGUGGGCUGUACCAGGACAAGGUGUUCUGCUUUGUCCACCUGAGCAUCCAGGAGUUUAUGGCUGCCCUUUAUGUAUUUCUGUCCUACAUCAACACUGGUGUCAAUCUGCUCUCAGAAGAACAGCCAGCCUCCAGGGAAGAUGAACUCCUCCUCCUCUACCAGAGUGCUGUGGACAAGGCCUUACAGAGUGAGAACGGACACCUGGACUUGUUCCUCCGUUUCCUCCUGGGCAUCUCUCUAGAGACCAAUCAGAUUAUCCUACAAGAUCUGCUCGGACCAAGAAGAAAUGCAUUAAUGGGCAAUCUAACUAAAAAAGUUCUGCCCGUACAGACAGGAAAAAGGUCACGGAGCAAUACCCAAAUAGUCCAUUACAUUAAGGAGAAGAUAGGUGGAGAUCUCUCUCAAGAGAGAAGCAUCAAUCUGUUCCACUGUCUGAAUGAGCUGAAUGACCGUUCUCUAGUGGAGGACAUCCAACAGUACCUGUCAUCAGGAAGUAUCUCCACAGAAUCUCUCUCCUCUGCUCAGUGGUCAGCUCUGGUCUUCAUCUUACUUACAUCAGAAGUUGAGCUGGACGUGUUUUACCUGAAGAAAUACUCUGCUUCUGAGGAGGGUCUUCUGGGGCUGCUGCCAGUGAUCAAAGCCUCCAAAACAUCUCUGCUGAAUGGCUGUAAUCUAUCCGAGAGAUGCUGUGAUGCUCUCGCCUCAGUUCUCAGCUCCAACUCAUCUAGUCUGAGAGAGCUGGAUCUGAGUUCCAAUGAUCUGCAGGAUUCAGGAGUGAUGCUACUCUCUGCUGGACUCGGGAAUCCACACUGUGCACUGGAAACUCUCAGGCUUAAUGGCUGUAAGCUUUCAGAGAGAUGCUGUGAAGCUCUGGCCUCAGUUCUCAGCUCCAGUUCCUCUACUCUGAGAGAGCUGGACCUGAGUAACAAUGAUCUGCAGGAUUCAGGAGUGAAGCUGCUCUCUGCUGGACUGGGGAGUCCACACUGUACACUGGAAACUCUCAGGUCAGUUUUGCUCAAUGUGCAGUUACACCACAAAGGUCAAUAUCAGAAGACUUUUAAAACAACUACUUCCCCCUGGUUUGAGUAUUACUCCUAAAUUACGUCAAAAUAUAUCAUCUAAUAACUCAGUACUUUUGAUGACCUCAUGAAUUUGAGUGGUAUCAUUGGACAUAUUACACCUUGUUUUUUAUGUUUGAUGCGAAAACGAAAAGUCGAAAAGUAAUCCUUAAACUCUCGUGCCCUAUGGAAAGCACGACCGGGAGAGUUGCCUUUAUUUGCACACCACACACGAAGCACACACAAUAUCACCUACACCCACGACUCCCUUGGUGGCAGUGCAGCUUCCCCCGGGCCUCCCUGGAUCCUUUGCGGAACCCGGACACGGUGACCACGGCCGUGAUCACCACGAUAUAGGUUUCAUUGUAACAACGCAACAAUUUUUUUUUGUUUUGUUGACAUGACUGUAUAAGGGCUUG